UCCUAGAUUAGAGAGGAAAAGACGUGACGCCACCAGUCGCUCCAGCUUCUGUGGCAGCUCGCUCCCUCGCUGGACCCUGAGCUGAGAGUUCAUUAGUUGGUUGUAAUUUGUUUGUUAGUUCCCACGCUAUAGGGAUUGUUGUCUUUAGGCUGAAAGACAGCCAAGAAUACUGCUGAUAAUCCCAACGCUGCCUGGAUCCACCCUGUGCAUUUUAGUUUUUACCUUAAGUUUUUCCAUCUAACAGGAGAUUGCUUGUGGGUUUCUAUACCUAUUGCUGCUGGAAUACAAGUCUUUUGUUGCCAAAUUGUUUGGUUUUUCCUGCACAAAGGAUGGUAUCUGUGUGUUUCUUCCUGUAGCUACUAGACCAGGUUGUGUUUGAGGUUCUAGACAUGAGACUAGAAAGCCAGGCUAAGAGUUAACUCUCUCUUGGUCACGUUCAGUGCUUUGGCUACUGAUUUAUUUCUACUAUCAGAGGAGGACGCUGGGUUGGAUUUAUUUUUCCCCCCUGGAUGUGACACUUUGAGCCAUGCUGCUGCUGCUGGUGCUGCUCUGCCUGCAAACAUCACUGCAAGAACAGACCCCUCCCCCUGGUCGAUGUGAUAUCCCACAGAGGAUGGAAGUGCGCACCUCCUGCACUUCCUGCGCCGCCGCUGCCACCAGCAGCUGUCCCCACAGCUUCAGCAGAGCGGGCACCACCAACUGCAGUUACGUGGUGCAGAUCGGCAGCAGGGAAAUGCAGCUGGAUGGAUGUCAGCACAUUUGUGUGAAGAACGUCCUGGAGCCACAGUGCUGCCCGCAACACUGGGGACCGCUGUGUCUCGCCUGUCCCAGCUGGUCAGGGAAGACCUGUAGCUUCCAUGGAGUCUGCCUGGAUGGGGAUCUUGGCAACGGGACCUGUGUGUGUGAUGACGGCUUCUCUGGCUUCGCCUGUCACAAGUGUAAGAAUCAGAACGCUUUUGGAGAAAAGUGCGAUAAAGAGUGUGAGUGCGUGCAUGGAGUGUGUAACAACGGUCCAGAGGGCGAUGGACAGUGUUUGUGUCAACCACCGUACAUUGGGAAGCGCUGUGAUCAAGUUGGUACUAGAUGCAGUAACUGCAGCCCCUACUCGUACUGUAAAGGAGAGGGAGACACCGCCGACUGUGAAUGUUUGCCUGGAUACAUGAAGAUGCCAAAUGGCAGAUGUGGAGCUUUUUGCUCGGGGAGAGACUGUGACAUCAAUGCCCAGUGCUCCUUACAGGGGUCAAAGGUCGUCUGUGCCUGUAAGCCUGACUACCAGGGCGAUGGCAAGAUCUGUGUACCCAUAAAUCCUUGCUCUGAGAACAAUGGAGGGUGUCCCAUCAACUCCACCAUCUGUGUCUUCAAAGGGCCCAACAAGUCCAGCUGCGAGUGCAUGUUUGGCAUGUCCCCUAUAGGUGGCCGUCCUGAGUUUGGUUGUCAGCUGGUCUCUGCCUGCUCAGCGGACACAUGUGACCCCACCGCUGUGUGCCAAACUGAACUGGAUGGACAACCCAGGUGUGUGUGUGAGGCAGGUCAGAUCGGUGAUGGUCGGCGUUGCUAUGGUAACCUAAUGGAGCGGCUUUUAGAGCUGGACAGGAGUGGAAGCCAGAGAGAAAACCUGACUGGAGCCGUCGCCCUGUUCGCGAGAGGCUGCUCAUUGCUGCUGAGUCACAGUGGACCCUUCACAGCUUUUAUCCCGCUGCUGAAAACACCUCUGACUGGUGUUGAUGAUGAGCUAGUGUGUAAAAACCACCUGAUCCUGGGUCAGCACCUCUACAAGGAUCUGGAGGGACGAGACUUCAACCUGUACGGAGGAGCCAAGCUGAGGACCAAAGGCAACAAGAGGUUCAUUCUGAUGGAUGACCCCAGCAGACUGUUCACCAUCCUGGAGGACGACCUGCCAGCAGCCAACGGGAUCAUCCACAUCAUCAAUCAGCCAAUCAUAAACACACUUUCUGAGCAGCCUCCUCACGACGAACAGUUUGCUGAUAAGACAAUUGGAGAGAUUCUGACUAAAGAUGGAAAGUACAACCGCUUCCUGUCUCUGGUUGAUAACUGUGGGUCACCCCCUCCUCUGCGGGGCCCAGGACCCCUGACUGUGUUUGUCCCCACCAACCAGGCUGUGGACCGAGCCAGAGAUGGCAGCAUCCUGUACAUGCUGAAUGAUGCCAAACAUAAACUUCAGGAACUCCUCAGACACCAUGUUUUCACCCAGGCUGUGCUGACAGUCGAUGAGUUGGCCGCCCUUCCUCGGAUUCAGACAAUGGCCAAUCAGUUCGUCACCAUUACUGUGUCUGAUGAUGGUGAGAUUCUACUGGGUGAAAGGGGCAUCCAUCUGGUGAGCACCAACAUCAUGGCAUCCAACGGGAUCAUACAUAUGAUUGAUGGAUUGCUGUACCCGCCCUCCAUCCUCCCCAUCCUGCCUCACCGCUGUGAUAUCAUUGAGACCGAGAUCACUGUGGGUCCAUGUGUUCACUGCAGUUACCUCCAUAACACUGAGUGCCCAGAUGGCAGCACUGAAAUGGACAGUCAUCAGAUUGGCUGUGAAUACGUCGUGUCUCCUCUCCAUCCAACACUCAGUAAAGGCUGCGCCAAAAACUGCGCCAACACCACCAAAAAGGUAGAAGAGUGUUGUAAAGGUUUCUAUGGUCCAGACUGUAAACCCUGUAUUGGAGGAUUCCAGCAUCCCUGCUACGAUAAAGGAACGUGCUUUGAUGGUAUCCAUGGCAACGGCUCAUGUAGCUGUAAGUCGGGCUUCAAGGGUGUUGCCUGCCACAUCUGCUCAGAUCCAUCCAAGCACGGUGACAACUGUGACGAAGAGUGUCGCUGUGUCCACGGUGUGUGUGAUAACCGUCCAGGCAGUGGUGGUUUGUGUCGGAGAGGAUCUUGUAUAGAGGGAUACACUGGAGAAAACUGUGACAAUACGGCCAUGCCCUGCAACUCUGACGGUCUGCAGCAACACUGUCACAUCCAUGCUUACUGUACACACACAGGACUGCACACUGUGUGUGUGUGUAGGGAUGGAUAUGAGGGCGAUGGUCACUCCUGUUCUCCUAUAAACCCCUGCCUGAAGAGUAACCGAGGAGGCUGCCACACUAAUGCAGAGUGCGUUUAUGUGGGUCCAGGUAAUGUGUCGUGUGUGUGUGCCGGGGGUUGGACAGGUGACGGCAAAAUGUGUGUGGAGAUUAACAAUUGCCUGCUGGAGAGUCCAAGACCCUGCAGCCCCAACGCUGACUGUUACUACGUUGGACCCGGAUCGAGUCGGUGUGAGUGUAAAAAAGGUUAUAUGGGUAACGGGAUCGUGUGUGACCUCAUCAACCCCUGCCUCACAAAUAACGGAGGCUGCCAUGACCUGGCGAAGUGUGAGCUGAAAGAGGCCGACACUCACACCUGUACCUGUCCUGAUGGCUACAUGGGAAAUGGAGUCACCUGCUAUGGCUCCUUACUGGAUGAGCUGGACAUGAACCCAAAGUUCUUCAGCUUCUUCCAGUUGAUGCAGAAGUACAAUCACUUCUCUGAGGACCUGAGUGGGAACCUCACAGUGUUGGUUCCGUCCAGAGAAGCUCUGAAGAACAUAACUUCUGCUCAGGUCUCGUUCUGGGCCAGCCGACACCACCUGCCUCACUUCCUGCGGGCCCACUACCUACCAGGACACUACGCUGUAGAAGAUCUGGAAAGACUGGUGGGCAGCAGGGUGCAGACCCUGCACCCCCCCACCUCCUGGGAAAUCAGCAGCAGCAGCAUGGCGAUUCGCAUCGGAAACGCCUCCAUCCUCACCCCCAACCUGCUUGCAAUCAAUGGCUACUUGCACAUCAUAGACCAGGUUCUUGCCCCAUCCAUCUCGGAUCUUCCCACUGAGCCCCCCACCCUAAUGGCCUUCCUGAACACCACCAACAAUUUCACUCUGUUCAGACAGUACGCUCUGAUGUACAACCUGUCAGAGAAUUUGGGUGUGUUGGAUUUCACCAUCCUGCUGCCAACAGACGAUGCCAUCAGGCAGCACCUCAGCAGGACUAACUCCUCCCUCCUGGAAUCUGAUGUGUUCAAUUACCAUGUAGUUCCCAAUGAGCUGCUGUUCCCGGACCGCCUGGGUGAUGUCAUGUUGAAAAGCACUCUGCUCGGAAGAGACUACCAGGUCCAGUUCCACUUAAACAACAACAACCAGACAGUUGUGAAUGAUGUUCCUCUUGACGGCAGUUUCAUUGAGACGCAGUACGGAGUCAUCAUGGUUCUCCCUCAGGUCCUCAAAGUUCGCCACAACAGAUGUAGCAAGCAGGUCUUCCUGCAAAAAAAUGGAAGGUGUUCAGACUGUGAUGGACCACCUCGCUGUCUCUUGAACUAUGCACCAAUCAAGAAACGAUUUCCAGCCAACAUGGUGCCUAACUGUAGAUACAGGAAGCGGGUUGGAUCCAGGAGGAAGUCAGUGCAAGGCUGUGUCAUCAAAUGUCUUCAGCCUACCAUGGAUCAGUCUUGUUGCCCUGGUUACUACGGCCACGAGUGCUUCAAAUGCCCCGGAGAUGUCGGCAGCUGGUGCUCCAAUCACGGGGAGUGUCAGGAUGGUAACCAUGGCAAUGGGGAGUGCCAUUGCUACGAGGGUUUCCAUGGUACCGCAUGCGAGGACUGUGAGCCUGGACGAUACGGAGUUAACUGCACCGCAAAGUGUGUGUGUGACCAUGGGAAAUGUGAGGACGGUCUGGCAGGAAGUGGCAGGUGUGUGUGUUACAAGGGUUGGAAAGGAGCCUCCUGCUCUGUAGAGAUCAAGGAUGAUGCCUGUGGAGGUGUGUGUGACGAGAAUGCCAACUGUAUAACAGGGCCACAGGGAUCUGCUGCAGCCUGUGUGUGUGUAGCUGGAUAUGAAGGCAAUGGCACCUACUGCAAUGAGCUGGACUUGUGCAGCAGGUCUAAUGGUGGAUGUUCAGGGUUUGCCACCUGUAUGAAGGUCUCAGCAGGGCAAAGGACCUGUACCUGUCUAAAGGGUUACACUGGAGAUGGGGUCGUCUGCCUGGAGGUUGAUGGCUGCCUGGUCAACAAUGGAGGCUGCCACCCGUCAGCAAACUGCUUCAGAACAGGCCCCAACACUACGGCCUGCAGGUGUCGGGAGGGCUUCCGACCAUUAGGGAGGUUCUGUUAUCCCAGCAACCCCUGCAGAAAUAACAACGGUGGAUGCAGUAGGCACGCUCGCUGUGAGUACAUAGGCGAUGGUCAGAGGAACUGCACCUGCUACCGAGACUAUGUGGGCGAUGGCAUCGACUGCCGGGGAAACACCAACAAUGAGAUCUCACGACUUCCGGAGAAUGCCUUCUUCCAUCAAAUGCUAUCUCUGGACAAUCAUAUUCUUUAUGGUAAUGGACCCUUCACUGUCUUUGCCCCUUUAGCAGAAACCAACAACAAAUCCUCUAUCAAGGAUUGGAAGUCAUUUGGUCGUCUUCCUGACCUGAUACGUUACCACAUUGUUUCCUGUGAGAUUUUGACCUUGAGUGACCUCAAAACCACAGAGCGUGUUGUCUCAACAUCAGGACACAUGCUGUACUUCAGCCUGCAGCAGGGUUCAGUCUGGCUCAACAACAGAUCAAGGAUUGUGAAGAGUGACUACACCACAACAAAUGGAGUCAUUCACCACAUCGACACCCUGUUGAUGCCUUACAAGCUGGAGGACAAACCACGCCUCCUGCCUAGCACAAUGAACUUCACCACAGCAGCUGUGUUUUAUGGCUACAGCCGCUUUUACAAGCUUGUGGAGGAUGCAGGGUUACUCCCUCUACUUCAGAUGCCCAUCCACCAGCCGUUCACAAUGUUCUGGCCCACAGACGACGCCCUCAACUCCCUGCCAGCUGAACGACAGCACUGGCUCUCCAACCCCGACCACCAAGAAAAACUGGCUGCUAUCGUGAAGGCUCACAUCAUACGCAACUGGAAAGGAAGAGGAGGAUGGCUGGAUCAAUUGUUGAUGGGUGUCAGUCAGCCUGGGAGGUUCGAGUCAUUCCGCACCAUGCAUGGAUCCAUCAUCAAGUACAGCUGUGACAAGACCCUGGUGGGGGCUGUGCUGAUUAAUGAUAACGCAGCCAAGUUAGUGGAGCGCUACCUGACCUUCACAGAGGGAGUGGCCUAUGGCAUCGACCAGUUAUUGGAGCCACCUGGCCUGGGAGCAUACUGCGACGGCCUCGAGAACAGAACCACUUAUGGGCGCUGUGGAUCCUGCCGCUUCCCUCCGCCCUGCCCCCUCAGACACACUGACACAAAAAAAACGGAGCAUUGUUUAAAUUACCCUUACCAGAGGCAUGGGCCUGGCUACCCACGUUGGUAUGAUAGCCUGGACGAUUUCAGCAGAAUAGGCUGUAAGAGAGUUUGUCAGUUUCCUUCCUGGGUGCAGAAGUGCUGCAAAAACCACUACGGCCGAGACUGUCAAGUUUGUCCCGGAGGCGUUGAGGCCCCUUGUGGUGGAAUCUAUGGGGAAUGUGACGAUGGUCUGCGUGGUUCAGGACGCUGCAGGUGCCACAAAGACUUUAGAGGAGUAAGCUGUGAACUGUGUGCCACCGGCCGCUAUGGCCCCAACUGCACAGCCUGUAGCUGUGGGAAGCAGGGAAGGUGCGACCAGGGCAUUGAAGGUACUGGACAGUGUUUCUGUAACCCAGGCUGGGUGGGUGAUCGCUGCCAGAAUGAAAUAGGUUCAAUCCCAGAGGAAUGUCGGCAGUGCCACUCUCAGGCUGUCUGUGUGCCAGUUGUGGGCUGUCAGUGUAAAUCUGGAUUUCAGGGAAACGGCACCUUCUGCAGUCCAGAGCCACCUCCAGACCUCUGCUCAGAGUAUAAUGGUGGCUGUCACCAAAACGCAGACUGUAACCAGACAGGACUGGUCGUCAACUGCACCUGUCACAGUGAUUACCAAGGAGACGGCUACUCCUGCGAGCCCAUCAACAGAUGUGUUGAAGAGGUGAAUGGUGGCUGCAGUGACUUUGCCUCCUGCAAGUUCACUGGCCCAAACGAGCGCGAGUGUGAGUGCCUGCCAGGGUACGUGGGUAAUGGAGUGCAGUGUCUGGAGAAGAUGGUGCCCCCUGUUGACCGCUGCCUGGAAGAAAAUGGAGGCUGUGACCCUGUGGCCACCUGCAAGGACUUGCAUUACCAUGCCAACACAGCCGGAGUGUUCCACCUGCGCUCUCCAGAGGGGAAGUACAAAAUGAACUUCAGCCAGGCAGACGCUGCCUGCCAGGCAGAGGGCGCCACGCUGGUCACCUUUAAACAGCUGGGAGAUGCACAGCAGUUGGGGAUGCAUCUGUGCGUCGCUGGAUGGAUGGCGGGGGGGAAGGUGGGAUACCCGACCCGCUUCCCAUCAGUCAGGUGUGGAGACAACCACGUGGGCCUGGUUAUUUACAAAGAGCCUGUAGACCAGAGCAGCAAGUACGACGCCUACUGCUACAGGCUCAGAGAUGUUUCCUGUGUGUGUCCCGCUGGUUAUGUUGGAAAUGGAGACUUCUGUAAUGGCGUCCUGACCAGUGUUCUGGCAGCUAACAGCAAUGUCUCCAUCUUUUACAAGUUGCUGUUGGAUUAUAGCGGCUUGUCCUCGGAGGGGAAACAGCUUGUUGAAUUUCUGACUUACAGGAAGUCUGAAGUCACGCUGUUUGUUCCUCAUAACUCUGGCUUCUCCAAAAACCAGACUCUGUCUGGUCGAGAUCUUGAGUAUCACGUCUCAGCCAAUCACAUCAGACGCCCAUUUAAGGAUCUGAGACAUGAGGAAGUCAUCGCAUCGCGGCUUGGGUUCAACCUGACUGUUGCCCAUGGCAACAACGAGAGUUAUAAGCUGGUGAACAAGCGGCUGCUGGUGGAGUGGGACAUUCCCCCUCUGACAGCGCCUCCCCAACCGAGCUCCAAUGAUGCUUCCCAAGGCCACGCCCACUCCAGCGGCACAGCGGCAGCCAUCUUGGUGUCUUUGUUGCUGGCGUGUGUGUUGGCUGCACUUGGGUACUACAUCUUCAAACACAAGACCGAUGCUUUCCGCUUCCAUUACUUCAAAAAUGAGGAUGAGGAUGGUGUGACCGGAGGCAGGACCAAACCUACACUUGUCUCAAUCCCCAACCCUCUUUAUAGCAGCUCCAGGGCCUUUGCUGAACCAUUUGGGGACCCCAAUCAGGAUAUGGAGCCGGUAGAACCUGAAGAACCUCCAAAGCUUCUGGACCUGGACCAGUAAAACCAGUUGAGCCAGUAAAACUGGAAUUGACCGUUUACAAACCACAAUAAUCUGUCUGCUUUAUCACUGUUGAGCUUCUUGCAGUUUGUCUAUACCCACAUAAGAAAUAAAAGCUGUCCAUUUACCCAAUGCAGAUGCUCUCUGAGGAAAACAAAAGUAUUUUUUUAUUAGCAAAGCUAAUGUGUAAUAAAGUGUUUCUAGUAACUGUGAAACUGUCAGAGAAUAAUCACCAACUCCGGUGAUUUUUAUGGCACAUAUUGUUUGGUUCAAUCUCAGCUAGCUUUAUUUCAAAGCGCCAGUAAAAGCAAGGGAAAACUGUGGCUUUGUUUUUAAAGACUAAACUAUAGUCGCAUGAAAUAUUCCGUUUUGUUUUUUGUUUUUUUUAAUGGAACGACUAUUCCAAUAUCAUUGCCCAUCUCUAAUGCAGAGUUUAAUUCAAAGCCAAAACCCUGAUACCUUAUUCCUCUGUGCCACAGAGCUCUAUUGUUUAAAAUCUAUUAAAAACACAUCAAUGAGCUAAAAUGUUAAACUGGGUGGUCCCUUCAUUAUCAUAAGCAUACACUGUAUUUUGAUGCAGUGCCACAUACACGAUCUUGUUGCUGAAAACAGUCCAACAAAUGCACUGUUUCCUGUAUUUCACAGAAAUAUAUAGAUUUACAUCUUCAGAAGAAAUAAAGGAGAUUGCCUCUGACUUUAACUUGGAGAGACUAGCCGAGCACUAAUUGCAAAGUACUCUCCACCAUGUAAAAUCAAAUCUAUCCAUUCAUCUGCCUGUCCGCUGUUGUUUUGUCAUCAAUCACUAAUGACUGGUGUUGUCUCUUGGCAACAAGGCUGUGUCAUUGUGCCGAGUUUGCCAGGAAAUUGUUACAAUGGCAAGAAAAAAGUUAAGCCUUCAUAAUUAUCUGGAUUUAUGGAUACGUUUCUCUUAAAAUAUGAUCAGAUCUUCAUCUAAGCUUCAAUUGUAAGCAAUCAACACAUCAUGUGUUGUUUAUCAUUCAGUCACUCUGGAAAAUGUAUAGAACCCCACAGUUAAUUACAACAAAAGCUAAUUACGUAGAGUCUGGAGCUAGCCAACCUGAGUCUAAUCAAUUAACACUGGAGGUUUGGGUUAGAGCUACAAUUAUUUUAAAAAACACACACAAACAUUGAGUUUGCUGUUCAGUAGAAGCAUCUGUUCAUGUGAACCUUACUAUGAAAAUUAGAUUUUUAAGAGAUAUCAAAUGGCUUAUGAACAAGAAUUGUUGAUUUGCAUAAAGCUGGAGAGGGUUAGACAGUAAUUUCUGUAAAUGGAAGGCAGUUUAGUCUGAUAGCUACUCUCCCUAGAAGUGGGGAUCCAGAUAAGAUGCCUCCAAAGGCGCAACACAGAAUGCCCAUUGAGGUGGAGAAGAAGAGUUAACAGUUCGAAGUUUAAAAGGAAUCAUUGGAGCUGAUUAACAUCUCUGUUCAUGAGUCCUGUGCAAAUCAUGGUGCAUAGCAGGACACCACAGAGGAAGCUACUACUCUUCAAAAAUAAACAAAUCACAGCACACCUGAACUUUUAAAAAAAGGUCACCUUGACGCUCCACAAUGUUACUGGGAAUAUGUUUGGUGGACUGGUGAAAUAAAGUUAAAUUGCUUGGAACAAACUCAGCACUAUGUAUGGCAUAAAAAAGGUACUGCAUACCAAAAUGAAAACAUCAUCCCAAAGGAGGAGCACGAUGGAGGGAGCAGCUUGACAUCAAAGAGGAAAAUGAACUAGAAAAUUGCAUUGUCUGAAGAAAAUUGCAUUG